AUGACACAUUAACAAAAACUUAUUGAUGAGGUGAAUAAUUCUGUGUUUAACUAAAGAAAAUUAAAGAAAGGGGAUAAGAUUAUGAAAUCAGAAAGGGAAAUUCAUAAUUUAGAUCCAGAUGUCUAUGCUAACAAGUAUUCAAAAGAAUGCGCUUAUCUUGCUGCAGGAGCUACUGUUGAAGCAUGUAGAGCAGUCUUCUCACCAGAUAAGCAAGUUGAUUCAGCCUUUGCCUGUGUGAGACCUCCAGGGCAUCACGCUACUUGCAACAGAGCUCAAGGCUUUUGCUUUUUUAAUAAUGUUGCAAUAGCUUCCAAUUACUUGAUUUCAAAACUCGGUUUCAAAAAGAUUUGUAUUUUUGAUUGGGAUAUUCAUUGUGGAGAUGGUACUUCACAACUUUUCUAUGAAAAUAGCUCUAUACUCUAUAUUUCAAUUCAUAAAUACAAUAAUGGCUAGUUUUAUCCUGGCAAAGAUGGAAGUCCAGACCUGAUUGGUAAAGAUUAAGGUAAAGGAUUCAAUAUUAAUUUCGGAUUUUCAGCCAGCUAUACUACUUAAGUUGGUGAUGAGGAUUAUAUAUAUGCCUGCAGUGAUUUACUUUUCCCCAUAAUAUAAGAAUAUAAUCCGGAAGCAAUUUUGAUAUCUUGUGGUUUUGAUUCUGCUAAAGGUGAUCCAUUGGGAGGCAUAAAUGUUACCCCAAUAGGAUAUUCUUGGAUGACGUUUGGACUUAUGAAAAUUUGCCCCAAUAUUGUCGUAGUUUUAGAGGGAGGUUAUAAUCUCAAAGCUUUAGCUCAUUGUAGUGAAUCUGUAAUCGAAACCCUGAAAUUAGACAGAAUGAAAACUGAAUUAUUUAAUGAUUAUAUUAAGGAAGCAUGGAGAAGUGAUUUUGAUUUUGAUGGGUUAGUUGAAAAUUGCAAAGAAUAAGUGUGCAAAGAAUUCAUUAUAUUAAAUAAUUAUUUGAAGGGACUUUUGAGACCUUUUUGGAAGUGCUUGGCUAUUGAUAGCAAUUGA